GUAUUUAAGGGGAAAAAAAACACAUAUAUUGAUUUUAUUCUAGUUUCUUUCUAUAAUACACAAGAAAAUUAAUUAAGAGUCAUACAUACAUCAAUGGAUAGAGUGAGUGAAUUAGCAAGGACAAAGGCUGCAGUGAUAUUCACCAAAAGUUCAUGUUGUAUGUGUCAUAGUAUUAAGACACUAUUCUAUGAUCUUGGUGCAAGCCCUGCCGUCUAUGAAUUAGAUAGGGAGCCAAGAGGUAAGGAGAUGGAGUCCGCGCUACAAAAGCUAGGGUGCAACCCUACUUUUCCGGCUGUGUUCAUUGGUGGCACCUACGUUGGGUCCGCUAAGGAUGUGCUAGGUGCUCACCUUGAUGGCUCACUUAGGGAUAUGCUCAUUGAAGCAAAAGCUAUAUGGUUUUAGUAUGUUAGUAAUGUGGGAAAUCGGUAAGGAUUGUACGUAUGUAACUUUUGAUGUAUGAUACUUAUCGUAUAUCAUCAAAGCUCAAAAGCUUGUGUUAUUUGUAUAUGAGCUUUUGGUAAUGCUUGGCCACAAUAGUAAUUUUAUGAUAUG